AGUUGAUUACGGUCACAUUGCCAGGGCGUUGACAAGGCGUUGUUGUCAUUUUAUAAAGUUAUUUUACAUUUUGUAAAUAGCUGCUAUUUUAUUUAUGAAAAAUGGUUGUCUUAAGCUCCUGCUGGUCACCAAUCAUUCGGUCAAAUAACGUGCGCACAGGCAGCUAUGCAGUUGCCGCCUACACGGCAGCUCUAAGCGUUGUUUUAAUCACGCUCAUCAGCUACAUGCUCGCUGGCGGAGAAUCUGGACAGCUUUAUUCGCCCCUAUUUGAAACGGACAUCAGGACGUCUAUGCCCAUCGCUGGAGGCUUCUUUAUAAUAUACUUUCUGCUGAUUAUAAUAUCAUCCUUCCUUGUGUAUUAUGGCAUUAAGAUAAGCACGCGUGGCUGGCUCUUGCCCUGGCUAUUUUUGAUUGGACUUGCGAUUCUGUUUCAAUUCUGCUGGAGCCUUUGGUUAAUUGGCGGCUACUACAUAUACUUGGAGCAAACAUUCUCAGCGCUAAUAAACUUCGUUUGGGUUGCCUAUAAUAUAUACUGCUGGCUCGUUGUUUUCUCGCAAUACCAAAUCUUUCUGGAAAUACAGAACCCUAAUAUCGAACUCUUGAUGCCUUAAGAGCGAGUUUCCCUUCGAAAUGCCAAUCGAAUACGCAAAAAGUUAAAUGAAUCUUCAUUUUAAGUUUUAUUUAUAAGUACCAAUGACUACACAAACAUUCCGUCCAUAUUCUACAUAUCAAUGAUGUUGUAUUCCAUUUACCGAAAGUGUCUUAUAUACAUAUACAUAAAUACAUAUUCAAUUUACACAUAUGUAUGUCUAUACACAACACACAGAGAA